UUUAUGUAUAAAGGGAGAGACGAUGUUCUGCCCACGGUCCCGAUCUCAGGAUAUCUAGGUAGGAUCCUCGCAACUCACUCAGCAACGUGAGUUCAACCUCGUCAAUAGCCAUCAUGGCUCCGUUAUCCAGUCGUCGCGUCCUUUCUUGGCUUGCCUUGCUCCAUGCUCAUGUCCUCGCCCAGUCAGCCCCACUGAACGCCACCGAGAUAUGCACAAGCUACUUUGGGAACGACGCAGCAUGGUACAUCCCAAGGAUUCCCCUCUUCCAAUCCAGCGACACCCAGCUUAAUAAUGUGUACUACUACCGCUGGAACAUUUUCCGGGCCCACCAGCGGGACCUGGGCGCAAAUGGCUACAUCUCAACCGAGUUCAUGGACGACGUGUCGUGGGAGCUCUUCCCAUUCGCCUCACUCAACGAUGCGACGGGCUUCCAUAUGGGCGAGGGCCGGUGGCUGCGCGACAGGCGCUUUGCCCACGACUAUGUCGACUUUAUGUACAAGCUCCACCCGGAGACCUCGACAUAUGGCAACGACAGGCACUUCAGCGAGGCCAUUGCCGAUUCCUCGUGGCGCGUGUUCCUCGUUGACGGCGACCUGGGCGCCAUCUCGCAGCACCUGGACGCCAUGAAGACCAUCUACGAGCAGUGGUACGACCAUUUCGACGCCAGCAAGGGGCUGUACUGGAUCGAGCCCCUGGCCGACGCGACCGAGUACACGAUGUCCAGCAUCGACGCCACCGGCGGCCGGGACGGGUUCACCGGCGGGGAGAGCUUCCGCCCCAGCAUAAACAGCUACAUGUAUGCCAAUGCCAAGGCGAUCGCGGGCAUCGCGGCCCUGACAGGCGACUCGGCCACGGAGCAGCUGUACUCGACCCGGGCGGACUGGCUGCAGGGCAACUUCACGAGUUCGAUGUGGAACAGCACCUUUGAGCACUUCAUCGACCGGUUCAAGGUUGGCAACCAAUACGUCAAGUACUGGGACUUCAUCCGCGGCCGGGAGCUCGUGGGACUGGUCCCAUGGGCCUUCGACUUUGUGCCGGCGUCCAGUGCCGGGGUGGAGUACAGCGCGGCCUGGAAGCACGCGCUCGACACGGACGAGCUGCGCGGCGAGGCGGGACUCCGUACGGCCGAGCCCAGCUAUGAGUACUACAUGCGGCAGUACCGCUAUGACGGCGUCUCGGGGCUCAGGGAGUGCCAGUGGAACGGCCCCGUCUGGCCCUUCCAGACCACCCAGGCCCUGAGCGCCAUGUCCAACCUGCUGGACCACUACAGCCAGUCCGUCAUCACCAACGGCGACUACGUCGGCCUCCUCAGGCAGUACACGCAGCUGCAUUUCGACAGCGCCGGCGUGCUGAACCUCGAGGAGGACUACUACCCCAACAACGGGUCCGCGCUCGUCGGCCUCGCCCGCAGCCCGCACUACUUCCACUCCGGGUACGUGGACCUGAUCCUCUCCGGGCUGGUGGGCAUCCGGCCCCGUGCGGACGCCUCGCUCGAGGUGAACCCGCUGGUCGACGGCAGCAUCUCGUGGUUCCGGGUCGACAACGUGCCGUACCACGGGCACCAGGUCAGCGUGCAGUGGGACGCGGACGGGUCGCACUUCGGCCGCGCGGGGCUGGUAAUCGAGGUCGACGGCGCCGAGGUGGCAUCCUCGCCGACACUGGCCCGCCUCGUCACACCCGUCGCCGCCGUCGCGGCGCCGGCCAUCGACAGGCCGCUAGCAAAGUCCAUCCAGCUGCAGAGCGACAGCGAAUACCCCAGGGGCAGCAGCUCGGUCGAGGGCGCCGACGCGCAGCAGAUCCAUGAUGCCAUCGACGGGCGGGUCUGGUUCUGGACCGAGAUUGUCAACGGGUAUAACUCUGCCGUCGGCGACGGCGAGAGCUCACAGUGGUUCGCGGUCGACUUUGGUGCCAGCACUGAGAUCAGCCGCGCCGAGAUCGCCUUCUAUGAGGGCGACGAGCCCGGGACGUACACCUAUGUGGACGGGACCUUUGCGAGCGUCACGGGCUCGUACGCUGUCCCGGCGAGCUACGUCGUUCAGGUGGAGGACGGCAGCGGCAGUUGGUCGGAUGUGACGACCACCAAGGCCGACGAGCCCCUGGCCAAUGGCAUCACAAACGUCGAGUGGGAUGCUGCCACGACUAAUAAUGUACGGCUGGUGUUUGUGCCGCAAGAUGGCAAGCAGGUCCGCCUGGUGGAGUUCAAGGUCUUCUAA